AUGAAUGGAGUAAAGACCUUUGUAUUGGUGUAUGUUGAUGAUAUAAUCAUCACAGGAGAAGCUGAAACUCAGAUAAAAGAAGUAAUUGAAAGGCUAAAUGCAAAAUUUGCACUCGAAGACAUGGGCAAUCUCCACUAUUUUCUUGGAAUUCAGGUGGCAAAAACAAGUGAUGGAGGACUACUUCUCUCUCAACAGAAGUAUAUCAAUGAGGUAUUGAAGAAAGCAAAUAUGGAAGGUUGCUCAAGUUGUCACACUCCUCUGCCCUCAACAAUAAAAUUAUCGGCCCUAGGUGGCUCCAACUUUGGUGAUUCUCAGCUUUACAGAUCGAUUAUUGGUAGCCUGCAAUAUCUAACAGUGACCAGACCUGAGAUUUCAUAUAGUGUGCACAAGAUGUCACAGUUUGUACAAGCCCCUUUAGACAGUCAUUGA